AGAAUUAAUAAGAAUCAGCCGGAAGCUGCGUAAUGCAUAAAGAAAUCCGGUGAAGCACUCCUCGGCUUAUGUAGAUUCGAAGAGUCGGCUGCAAAAUUGGAGGAGGCGAGAUCCAUGUUCGAGCAAAUUGAAGAUCGAUUGUCAGAGGCGCAGUGUGAACAUGAGUGUGCCAUGGCGCUUUACGCCAUGGACCGAUAUGAGGAAGCCAUCCAGCGCUUGAACGCCGGAAUGGCGAAGUACAUUACUCUUGGAGAACAACAAGGCGUGAGCCAGUGCCUGCGUGAUCUGGGCAGCGUGUGUGGCAUACGACAUCAAUACACUGAAGCGAUCACGCAACUAGAGGAAGCAAGGAAGAUGUUCGAAGCGGCAGACGAUCGUCAAGGUACAGCAGAAUGCAUUCAAGGUAUCGGCGCAGUGCUAUCCCUGCAGGGUCGGUACGAAGACGUGCUGGCAAAAUUCGAAGACGCAAAGAGGAUGAUUGAACUCACCAACGAUCAAGGGGAUCUUGGCAGGUGUUUGCAAUGCAUGGGAGAUGUUCUUGUAUGCCUUGGUCGAUACGACGAAGCGAACACUAUACUGGAUGAAGGAAGAAGCAUGCUUGAAGAGUGGAAGGAUUCACAAAGUGUGGCAUACGCCGAUAUAAGCAUCGGCAGACUCCGACAUAAAC